CCCCCAUGCCAUCCAGCCCCUCUCCCGUCAGGGCUCUGUGCAGCAGGGGAUUACAGCCUUUUAAUCAGAGGCUGUAUGGGAAUUGUUUGGUAUAGAUUACGGGCGUGGGGCACAUCCCCAGCAGCGGGGAGCCCCCGGCCCCGCAGGCUCCCAAGCAAUCUCGAGUCUCGGUGGAGCAGGGAUUAGCGGGGGCACGAGGCUGCCGUGCGGGUGGGUGUGCACCCGCCACCGCCUCGUCUGCUGCCAGUCCUUCGACCCUCGAUUGAGUUUUUUCAGCUAAUCCUCUUGUGUCUCCUCUGUGCUGACUUCCUGCACCUCCAAUAUCCCCUGUCUGUGUGGUUCUGGGUGCCCACGGCAUGGGGCUUUCCCCAGGGCUUGGCCCUGGCCCCAUGGGUGCUGUCCCAAAUUGGGAUCCAUGUAAUGGGGGGUAUUUCAGCCUGACGCAGCAUCUGCUGCAGUUUGAUGACUCCUUCCACCUCCCCAUCACUGUGAUGGGGCAGCACUUGCUGUCCCCCUGCACUGUCACUGUCCCCUGCAAGCACCCUUGGGUGCAGCGAAGGGAAGGUCUUUCCACCCUGGCUGUGGCUUCCCCUCCUAAUGCCUUAAUCCGCCCCUGAUCCACAGUGCUCCUGGGGCUGGUCCCACUGACCUUGCAGGCACUGGGACCGGGUGGGCACCUUGGGGCACGAGCUGCCACCACCACCCACCAUGGCCUCCUUCUUCACGGCUGCCCUGAAGAGCUUCCAGGGGGGCAAGGACGAGUCACCCAAGGGGGCCCCCAAGGAUGACAAGGCAGCUGCACCGCCCAGCGGCGUGGCCCGCGAGGAGUUUGAGGAGUACCAGCGGCAGCUGCUGGAGGAGAAGAUCGAGCGGGACAAGGUGUUUGCACGGAGGAAGGCAGAGCGGGCCACGGUGCGGAUGCACCUGCGGGAUAAGUACCACCUCACCCAGGACGAGCGGGACGAUGCCCAGGUGCAUGUGGCCGGAGGCGCGCUGGAGCUGCCGCAGGACCUGGCAGCCAUGGUGCACAGCGAGGAGGAGGAGGAUGGCAGCGCCGGGGCCUUCGCCUUCCUGGCGAAGCUGCGGGAGGUGGAGCUGCCGGCGCUGCGGGACCGCGCGCGGGGCGGCGUGGACCAGGUGAAGGAGAAGUGCGCCCUGAUGUAGCAGCGACACCGGCAGCCCCUGUCCGCGGGAGCCACGGCAUGCGGAGGCUCCGGAUGCCUUUACUUGGGGUGGGGGUCCCAAUACACCUGUUGGGCGUGGGUUUUCUUCCCCAAAACCAUUCCCAGUUGUUUUCCCAGGGUGUGCUGGGGUGCAGAAUGCCUGGGUCCCCUCCAGCCGUUAUGGUCAGGUCCCUCUCGUGAUGCUCCUGGUGUGAGCCUCCAGUGGGGCAGGUCCCUGACACUGUUACCCCCCGCAGCAGCCCUGGCGCCGUGCACCAUUUGGCUCAAUAAACACAGUAUUUGCCGGCA